AUGCCACCUCAACCACCGCUGCUGCCAAGUUUUCGCGUGCAAAACGCUCCAAUGCCGCCUCUGCACCUUGGUAAUCCAUCACAAGUUGCCAGCCUCCUUUCGUCGCAGCCGUCGACAUCCUCUUUGCCAUUGGACAUCAGCCCAAGUUUACCAAAAAGGCUUGAAGAACAAAUUCCAAAGGGUGAGUUUGUCGAUUUUUCUUUGCUUCUCCCGGGUAAUUCAGACAGUCCUAGUUUUGCCCCUAUUCACCUUUCCGUAGAGGGCGACCAGGGUUUCACAAUCCCAAUUCCCUUCUCAAAUUUCGGAAAGCACACUAAAGUCGACAACAUAGAUAAGUGGCUUACCACUUUUGGUAUUUACGCGUCCGUGGUUGUCGCUAAAUUUCCACAUAAGGCUGCGCAGCAUAAGGCAGCACAUAAUCCGCAAAGCUUCACAAAAGUUUAA